UUUCGCGGGCUUUUGAUCACGUGGUUCGCUUUCGCGCGGAAUUCAGGCUUCCGCUGGUGUUGGCGUUGCCGGAGAAGAAGGUCGGCGGGUCGGGAAAGAGGCCGCGAUGGCGGAUUCCUCAGAGUCAAACAUGGCCACUAGCCCUCAGCGCAGCUCACGGCGCAGAGAUGCCUUCACUUCCAGCCCAGGGAGAGAUCUGCCUCCAUUUGAGGAUGAAUCUGAAGGACUCCUGGGAACUGAAGGGGUCCCUAACGAGGAAGAGGAAGAUGGGGAAGAGCUUAUUGGAGACGGCAUGGAAAGGGACUACCGUCAUAUUCCAGAGCUGGAUUUCUACGAAGCUGAAGGUUUGGCCACAGAUGAUGAUCAGGAGGAGAUAACUGCCAGCCAGAGGGAAGCUGCAGAGCGGGAAAUGAGGCAAAGGGACCGUGAGAUGGAGCGUGGCCUUGGCCGCAUGCGCAGUGGUCUGCUUUAUGAAAGUGAUGAUGAAGAAGAGGACCGUCCUUUUCGGAGGAGGCGCCUGGCUGAACGAGCUGCAGAGGGCAUAGAGGAUGAGGACGAGGACAUGAUUGAGAGCAUUGAGAAUCUGGAGGACAUGAAGGGGCAUUCGGUGAGGGAAUGGGUGUCUAUGGCAGCUCCUCGGCUCGAGAUCUACCACCGGUUCAAGAAUUUCCUAAAGACUCAUGUGGAUGACCACGGCCACAAUGUCUUCAAAGAGAGGAUCAGUGACAUGUGCAAAGAGAACAGAGAGAGUCUGGUGGUGAAUUAUGAAGACCUGGCUGCCAGGGAACAUGUCCUUGCCUAUUUUCUCCCAGAAGCCCCAGCAGAAAUGUUGAAGAUCUUUGAUGAAGCAGCCAAGGAAGUGGUAUUGGCCAUGUACCCGAAAUAUGACCGGAUUGCUCAAGAAAUCCAUGUCCGUAUCUCACACUUGCCUCUGGUGGAGGAGUUGCGCUCACUUAGGCAGCUCCACCUGAACCAGCUAAUCCGGACCAGUGGGGUGGUGACAAGCUGCACGGGAGUCCUCCCCCAGCUCAGCUUAGUCAAGUACAACUGUGGCAAGUGCAACUUCAUCCUGGGGCCUUUCUUGCAAUCCCAGAACCAGGAAGUAAAGCCAGGAUCCUGUCCCGAGUGCCAGUCCACGGGGCCUUUUGAAAUCAACAUGGAAGAAACGGUCUAUCAGAACUACCAGCGCAUCAAAAUCCAGGAGAGCCCCGGGAAGGUGGCAGCUGGCCGGCUCCCUCGCUCCAAGGAUGCCGUUUUGCUGGCAGACUUGGUCGACAGCUGCAAGCCAGGGGAUGAGAUUGAACUCACUGGAAUAUACCAUAAUAAUUACGAUGGCUCUCUGAACACUGCCAACGGGUUCCCAGUGUUUGCAACCGUGAUCCUGGCUAAUCACAUUGCCAAAAAGGACAACAAAGUGGCUGUUGGGGAGCUCACUGAUGAGGACAUGAAGGUCAUCGUGGGCCUCUCCAAGGAUGAGCAGAUUGGGGAAAAAAUCUUUGCAAGCAUCGCUCCUUCAAUCUAUGGACAUGAAGACAUCAAAAGGGCCUUGGCCCUGGCUCUGUUCGGGGGUGAACCCAAAAAUCCAGGAGGAAAACACAAGGUCCGUGGUGACAUCAAUGUUUUGCUUUGUGGAGACCCUGGAACCGCGAAAUCUCAGUUCCUCAAGUAUGUGGAGAAAGUGUCCAGCAGAGCCAUCUUCACCACCGGCCAAGGGGCCUCUGCAGUUGGUCUGACCGCCUAUGUGCAGAGGCACCCAGUGAGCAAGGAAUGGACCCUGGAGGCGGGAGCCCUGGUGCUGGCUGACCGUGGGGUCUGCUUGAUCGAUGAGUUUGAUAAGAUGACUGAUCAGGACCGGACCAGCAUCCAUGAAGCCAUGGAGCAGCAGAGUAUCUCCAUCUCAAAGGCUGGCAUCGUCACCUCUCUGCAGGCACGCUGCACUGUUAUAGCUGCUGCCAACCCCAUCGGUGGGCGUUACGAUCCCUCCCUGACCUUCUCAGAAAACGUGGAUCUCACUGAGCCCAUCAUCUCUCGAUUCGAUGUUCUGUGUGUGGUUAGGGACACAGUGGAUCCUGUUCAGGAUGAAAUGCUGGCUCGGUUUGUUGUGAGUAGCCACAUCAAGCAUCACCCAAACAACAAGGAUGUUGUGAACGGAGACUCUCAGGAAAUUAUUCUCCCUAAUACUUAUGGUGUGGACGCGAUCCCCCAAGAGAUCCUGAAGAAAUACAUUAUCUAUGCAAAAGAAAAAGUCCACCCCAAACUCAACCAGAUGGACCAAGACAAAGUGGCCAGAAUGUAUAGUGAACUUAGGAAGGAAUCCAUGGCUACUGGAAGUAUCCCUAUCACCGUGCGUCACAUUGAAUCCGUGAUCCGAAUGGCUGAGGCCCAUGCGCGCAUGCAUCUGCGGGAUUAUGUGGUGGAGGACGAUGUCAACAUGGCCAUCCGGGUCAUGCUCGAAAGUUUCAUUGACACCCAGAAGUUUAGUGUUAUGAGGAGCAUGCGGAAGACCUUUGCCCGGUAUCUUGCCUUCAGGCGAGAUAACAAUGAGCUCUUGCUGUUCAUCUUGAAACAGCUCGUGUCGGAACAGGUUAUGUAUCAGAGGAAUCGCUACGGGGCCCAGCAGGAUACCAUCGAAGUGCCAGAGAAAGACUUGGUCGAUAAGGCUCGGCAGAUCAACAUCCACAACCUUUCUGCCUUCUAUGACAGCGAGUUGUUCAAGAUGAACAGAUUCAGCCGUGAUGUGAAGCGGAAAGUGAUUGUACAGGCAUUCUGAGGGCAGCGAAUUCCCCAGUGGCUGCAGAGAGAAUAAGAGUUUGGAACUGGGUUUCACUGAGCAAUGCAGCAGCCUCACGUAAAUGAUUCCAGAGUCUUUCUUUCAAGUAUUAUCGGAAAGGUCUGGAAGCUCUUUCAAAGAACCUGUGAAUAGAAUGGAGUGGAGCUGAUAGAUUUUUCUAAAAAAAAAAAAAAUACCUGGAACACCUGAGAUACACUGCACCUGAAUUUCUUAGAUGAAAGCACAAAAAAUGGUUUCUUCUUACUCCUGUCUCUGCAAUAUGAAGUAAUUUGGGCAUUGAUUGGGGAAUGUUGUCAAAAUUGGUUCCCGGGCAAUUUAGAUGUUGUUUGGAUUCUACCUUCUGUAAGAGAAAGUUUUGCUGAGCUAUUUAAACAUGUCAAGAAAAAGGAAGAAUGUUCCCCAUUCACACAAUGUCCACAUUUGUAAUACCUGAAGCUUCUCAUAAAUCCUACAGUUUGUUCAUAGGCUUAUUAGAAGUACAUGUGAUUGUGUGCAAAGCUAGGUACUUGGAAACUGGCUUUUCCUCCUCAGGCCUACAAUAUUCUAGCAGAAAAAAACACAAACUCAAGCAGUAAACAAUGUAUUAGCUGUUAAGUGUUUGUUCACCAGGAAGCAGAUCUGGAGAGGUUUUAAUAUGGAAAAAUAAAAAUUGAGAAAUAGCUGUUUGUAAACAAA